CCACCUCCUCCUGCUCCGGCUGUGGCGCGCGCGCUGCCAGCCCCCUUCCCCGAGCGCCAAAGCCAACGAGCGAUGCCUCAGAGCGGACCUCGCUACCCGCCAGUCCUCAGCGCCCCUAGCAGAAGCGGCGGUGCCAGCAGAAGCGGCGGCUCUCCUCCUCCUCCUCCUCCUCGCUCUCUCGGCACCACCGGCAAGCACAGCCCCGCCACAGCCGGCUCCUGCGCUCUCCCUCCGUCUCCUCGCGCGGCAGCGGAGUCUCUCUUUCGCUCGGCGGCUCCCCAUUGCAAAGUUUGCUCCGGCGUCGCCUCUUCUGCCGCCUCCUCGCUCUUUCCCUCCGAGAGCGGUGGCCGGACUUGGGCUGUGCGCUCUUGUCUCCCUCGCGCGCUCUUGCGCCUCGGCGAGGGGAGCUUUCCUUGAAUUGCCUUCUUUCGAAAACAAAAAGAGAGGAGGGCAAUUCCGCGGAGGAGAGGGGGGGGGGUCUCUCUCGGUCUCUCUCCCCUGUUCAUGUCGUGCCCCCUCCCCCUCCUUGGAUGUCUUCUCGGCCCCCCUGCUGGUACUGCUGAAAAAAAGGCCGGCCAGGGCUGCUUGGGGAGAGGUCGCCGAGGGAAGCUUUGCGCGCCUGCCUGGCUCUCCGAGCAGCGCCACAACCGUCGCCCCGGCGAAGAAACUCUUGGCCAGCUUGAUUUCGGGGUUGGCCCUGGUGGGGGUCGCCUGUAGCCCUGCGCCCCCCAACCGGACAGGAGCAGAAGCCACCUGUCUGGAGGAUUUUCUCUCGUUUUGAAUCAUCUCUCUCUCUCUCUCUCGGACUUUGGAUACGUUGUUGGAAACUGUGAAGGAUUUAAUCUCCGGUGUCGUUGUGUUGUUGUUGUUUUUUAAAUUAUUGUCGUUCUUAAGAAGGAGCCUUUUCUAUUUUUAUUUUUUUUAAAAAGCCUAUAUCUUAUAUCUCUCUAUUUUUAAAGAAAAGAUCCCGUCUUUCUCUCUCUCCUCCCGGUAUCCCGUUCGUUUCUUCUCCUCGCCCCUCGUUUUACGCGCUCCCUCCUCCUUGCUGAGGAGGAGUAAACAAUAGCCACGAGGAGAAAAAGGAAUAUGAUGGUUUCGUGGUUAACUUUCGCCUUCCUGUGGGGGACUUUCUGCACACGGCCAGGCCAUGGUGAGGCCGAGACCCGGGAAUGCAUCUAUUACAAUGCCAACUGGGAGCUGGAAAAGACCAACCAGAGCGGGGUGGAGCGCUGUGAAGGGGAGAAGGACAAACGCCUCCAUUGCUACGCAUCCUGGAGAAACAACUCUGGCUCCAUCGAACUGGUGAAGAAAGGGUGCUGGCUUGACGACUUCAACUGCUACGACAGGCAGGAAUGUGUGGCCACAGAAGAGAGCCCACAAGUGUUUUUCUGCUGCUGUGAAGGAAACUACUGCAAUGAGAAGUUCACUCACCUACCCGAAGUUACUGGCCCAGAAGUGGUCUAUGAGCCUCCGCCGCCAAGCCUCUCGCUGCUCAACAUUCUGGUUUACUCUCUGCUCCCCAUCAUUGCCCUCUCCAUCGCCAUUCUCCUUGCCUUCUGGAUGUACCGGCACCGCAAGCCCCCCUACGGGCACGUCGACAUCAGUGAGGACCCGGGUCUGCCACCCCCUUCUCCGUUGGUUGGACUUAAACCCUUGCAGCUGUUGGAGAUCAAGGCCAGGGGCCGCUUCGGCUGCGUCUGGAAAGCUCAGCUGAUGAAUGACUACGUGGCAGUCAAAAUCUUCCCCAUACAGGAUAAACAAUCCUGGCAGAGCGAGAGGGAGAUUUUCAACACCCCAGGCAUGAAGCACGAAAACCUUUUGCAGUUCAUUGCGGCAGAGAAGCGAGGAACAAACUUGGAGGCAGAGCUGUGGCUGAUCACAGCUUACCACGACAAGGGCUCUUUGACUGACUACCUGAAAGGGAACAUUGUCAGCUGGAACGAACUCUGCCAUAUAGCAGAAACCAUGGCUCGCGGACUCUCGUACUUGCACGAAGAUGUCCCUUGGUGUAAAGGAGAAGGACAUAAACCUGCUAUAGCACACAGGGACUUCAAGAGCAAAAACGUAUUGCUGAAGAAUGACUUGACAGCCGUGCUAGCAGACUUUGGGUUGGCUGUACGGUUUGAACCUGGGAAACCUCCAGGAGACACCCACGGACAGGUGGGAACAAGAAGAUACAUGGCUCCCGAGGUUUUAGAGGGAGCAAUAAACUUCCAGAGAGACGCCUUCCUCAGAAUAGACAUGUAUGCCAUGGGGCUAGUCUUGUGGGAGUUGGUCUCCAGGUGCAAAGCAGCUGAUGGUCCGGUAGAUGAGUACAUGCUGCCUUUCGAAGAGGAGAUCGGGCAGCAUCCAUCACUCGAGGACUUACAGGAAGUGGUGGUUCACAAGAAGAUGCGCCCUGCAUUCAAGGAUCACUGGCUUAAACACCCUGGUUUGGCACAGCUUUGUGUCACGAUAGAAGAAUGCUGGGACCACGACGCAGAGGCACGCCUCUCGGCAGGUUGCGUAGAGGAGCGGAUUUCUCAGAUACGCAAAUCAGCAAACGGCCCUACCUCGGACUGCCUCGUUUCCAUUGUGACCUCUGUCACCAACGUGGACUUGUUGCCCAAAGAGUCAAGUAUCUAAAGCCUGGUUCACGUUUUUUGUUUUUUUAUUUUUUGUGGUCUUUCCAGACUCACUGGAUUUUUUUAAAAGAAAGAAGUUAAACCACAAUCCAACAUACACA